GCACCUGUUCUACUGUAAUUAUUUUAGGGUUCGCUCCCUUCGCAAUUUAUUCACUCACUACUACCUGCUUCACUCUGACACUCCAGCUUCAUACAUUUCCCCACUUUCGAGCCUGCGACCGUAUUCAGCGCGUUUUCAGCCUUCCUCCAGUCUGCGAGAACAUCGAAUUAGCGGUUGAACGCACGCGGAUUUCACACGAACCCUAAAUUCAGCAUUUGGUAUUCAUCGGUUCACCUCGACUUCAUCGCACCAUGGAGCAGUCGUUUUCGGCUUCGUUGGGCUUCGUCCGCGCCAGCAUGCCUCGUUCGCCCAUCGUCAGAUGCGGGAUGACCGCUACUCCGUCCACGUCAGCUGCCAUUCUCACCGUGCAUGGCGCUGUUGACGUGUACAUCGAAGAUUUGGAGCGUCGCUCCAGCGCGCACUCGCCUGCUGACGUGGAGCAGAUACGUACGCGCGUGCUUGGCUGCCGACACGGCUCCGUGGGAAGAGUCCGCCUGGCGAGAUUUGUUGACGACGAUGAGAGUUUAGUCUCUGGUGACUGCGAAAUGGCUGUGCAUCGGCAGGAGAUCCUUGGAACGCGCAGUGGGACACCUAAGCGCGUCACGACGACGAGGAGACCUGAAAUCGAGGGGGAUGAUGAGUCUGGUCCCCUACGGAAGACUAUGUCGCUCUGAGCAACAAACAAAAACGCCUCUUAGAAGUUGCUGGCGAUCCUUUUUUUUUGCAAUUACCGUAUACAUAAAUGUUGAUCCUAUUUAAAUUCCAUUUGGACCGACUGUACAAUUCUCAGGGAUCACUUGUACUGACUUUUUUCCAAUUCAUACAUUUA